AUGUUGAGCUGAGAGCCGAGCAGUCUGUGGGCACCGCUGCACGGAUCCCUUGUGCGGAGGAGCAGCGGGAGCAGUGCGCAGGGAUCGUUAUAUAAGGACUGCCGGCGGACCCCCCUCCCUGCACCGAUGGCAUCUCCCGGCCUCCUAUAAAGCGAUACAGGUACCAGUGCCGGGACGAUGCCAUGUCACAUUGUUGCGGGGGUCUGAUAAGAAGUUUACGCGUCUUCUGCAUCAUUCAGCCGGAAGGCGAUUAGUGGGAUUUCCUUCCAGAAGGAACAGAUCGUGCGUCAUAAUCGCCGCAUGCAGCCGCGACAGAUCGUGAUCGGCGACACACUGGCGAGGACGGGCCAUGGAGCCGCUGCCCCGAACAUGAGCCUCAAGCGCCCAAACUUUCCGGAUGGCCUCUCCUGCGGCAGCAGCAGCAGCAGCCGGGGGGGAUUAGCCAGCAACAGUUCUCCUCCCAGCCGCCUGCCCUCCUCCGGAUAGUCGGCUCCGGCCGCCCCCCUCCCCGGUGCUGAGGAUGAAAGUGUUCCGCAGGAAGGCGAUCAUCCUGUGCCUGGGCUACAUCCUGCUGCUGGUCCUCACCAUGCUCAACCUGAUGGACAAGUGGCACAAGGAGCCCCAGCAGUGCAACGACCAGGUGCGCUACACCCCCUACCAGACCCGCUCCGACAUCCGCUACCUGUACCGACCCUCCCCGCCCAGGAAGAGGCAGCUGGUCUACGUCUUCACCACCUGGAGGUCCGGGUCCUCCUUCUUCGGGGAGCUCUUCAACCAGAACCCCGAUGUCUUCUUCCUUUACGAGCCCGUGUGGCAUGUGUGGCAGAAGCUGUACCCCGGGGAUGCCAUGUCUCUGCAGGGUGCUGCCCGGGAUCUCCUCAGCGCCCUCUACAGGUGUGACUUGUCUGCCCUGCAGCUGUACAACACCGCGGGGGCAAAGAACAUCAGCACCUUGGGCAUCUUCGGAGCCUCCACCAACAAGGUCAUCUGCUCCUCCCCGAUCUGCUCGGCCUAUAAGAAGGACGUGGUGGGCUUGGUGGACGAUAAAGUGUGCAAGAAGUGCCCCCCGCAGAGCCUGAGCCUGCUGGAGGAAGAGUGCCACAAGUACAACACCAUAGUCAUAAAGGGGGUAAGGAUCUUCGACAUCAACGUGCUGGCUCCAUUGAUGGUAGACCCUUCCCUGGACCUGAAGGUCAUCCACUUAGUCAGGGAUCCCCGGGCAGUAGCCAACUCCAGGAUAAAGUCUAGACAUGGAUUGAUCCGCGAGAGUCUUCAGGUGGUUCGCAGCAGAGACCCCAGGAUCCGAAGGGUCCCCUUUAUAGAUCCUGGACAUAAACUUAACAAGAAGGAUGGUUCUGACUAUCACGCCAUAGGUGCCAUGGAGGUAAUAUGUAGCAGCAUGGGCAAGACCCUCAGGACUGCUCUCAACCCCCCGAGCUGGCUCAAGGGUAACUACAUGGUAGUUAGAUAUGAGGAUCUGGUUAUGGAUCCUAUAAAGACUGUAAGGCAGGUCUAUGGAUUUGUCAACCUGUCCGUAAGCCCAGAGAUAGAGAAGUUCUCCUUAAACAUGACUAGUGGCUCAGGCUAUUCCUCCAAACCCUUUGUGGUAUCUGCUCGCAAUGCCACCCAGGCAGUCAGUGCUUGGAGGACAUUACUUACUUUCCUGCAGAUAAAACAAGUGGAAGAGUAUUGCCAGGUCCCCAUGGACCUAUUGGGUUACCAGACAGUUAGCAGUCAAGAAGACGUCAAAGACUUUAGCAAGCCAUUGCUUAGGAAGCCCAUGUUAUGAAGACAAUCUGUAGGAUUGACUGACGUGUUGCCUGCAAAAAACUAAAAAACCUACCUGUCCUGACAACUACUGUACCAAAAGUCUGCAGCUGUUACUGUACAUUACUGUAUUUACUGAUGGGAAACCAUUGGUUCUCUUCCCUACAGUUAUCUUCUGGGGUACUUUAUGUUCUUGAUGGUUUUUUUGCUUGCAUUCUAUUUAACAUGUCCUCAGGACCCCCUGACUUGUCAUGUUGAAGGUACCAGGAGGUCAGGGGAGGUCAUGGCUGACCGUCUUCUGUCUCCUAGGUUAGAGGGUCCUGAGAACCAGGGGGGAGGUCUGCUGCUGUUUGCUGUCUAUGAUAAUAAUGCUCUGUUAGUGACGGUUCUAUUGGCAGCCAACAUAUCGACCUCCCAAAUAAAGGCUUUAAACCUGUAAUGUUUUCUUGAUACUGUUUGCCUCACAUGUUGGUUAGAUAGUCUGCAAGUGUCUCUGCCUUCAGGAAACAACAAAUACAUUAAAACAUUGUUUCCAAACACGACUAGAAACAAGUGAUCACCACCACGUUGCAUGAAACAGCAAUGGUGUACCAGAACCAUAUGGAACACCCAGUGGGACAACUGGUAAAUGUUACAUUAACUGUUAAUAAAAGUCAAUAAUUUAUGAUCA